CAGCCAGCAACAUCCUGCUGUACCAGCUGCAGGCAAAGCCAGAUCUGCGUUUCCGGAAAGAGGAGAGCGGCUGGUGGAGGGGGAGAGGAGGCAGACACCGCCGUGUUGCGGGAAUUUUUGCAGGCGGAUGGUUGGUCCCAGCACCACCUGCCCCCCUCCCACCGCGCCUCCCCCGCUGGAGCCUGUCCGGCAGCGGCAGUGCAGGAGCCGGGCUGACAGGGAGGGACUGCACCGCGGGUCCCCCCUUCCCGGGCCCUCCUCCCUCCCCCGGCGGCACCCCUCGCUCGGCACAGCCUCACCCCGCACCCUCCCCUCCCCUCCACAUCUCUGGGUGCGGUAACGCUUCGGAUGCGCCGACUCGCCCCACUCGAAUCAGUUCCUCCGGAUUUUUUACCUGCAAGUUGUUUAUCUAUUUGGAAAUACGGGGGAGCGGAGGGCGAGCAACCACCCAGUGAUUCUCCGCAAACCCGCUCCGGCACCAGAGGCGCUCGCCAACCGCCACCUUCCCCGCUCCGAGGGUGCCCCCUUUCCCUUUUCUCCUCAGCCCGGGACGGAGCCGGGCUGAGGGAGCAUGAAGAAAGGUCUUUAUGGUGCUCGUCCAUCCACCCCGUGAACAAACAGGAUGCUCACCAGAACCCCAGGUGUUGUUGCCCAAGUGUUCCUUCUUCUAAGCAUAGUUCUUGUUAUUGCUAUUGCAGUGAUUCAGAUAAAUCAGCAACAGAUCCUCUCCCCAGGGCUUAAGUAUGGAAUAGUUUUUGAUGCUGGAUCCUCUCGGACUACAGUCUAUGUCUACGAAUGGCCAGCAGAAAAAGAAAAUGACACAGGAGUAGUAAGCCAAACUUUCAAGUGCAAUGUCAAAGGCCCUGGUAUAUCCAGCUAUGAGAGUAACCCUGGAGCUCUUGCCAAACCCUUUGAUGACUGUCUGAAUAAAGUCAAGGAGAGAAUACCAGUUCAUCUGCAUAAAACCACUUCCAUUUAUCUGGGGGCUACAGCUGGUAUGAGACUACUGAGGUUGCAAAAUGAAACAGCAGCUAUUGAAGUCCUUGCAAGCAUUCAAAACUACUUCAGAGCACAACCUUUUGAAUUUAGGGGUGCGCAAAUCAUAACUGGGCCAGAGGAAGGGGUGUAUGGAUGGAUAACAGCCAACUAUUUAAUGGGCAAUUUCUUAGAGAGAAACCUUUGGAGGACAUGGAUCCAUCCUUACAGAAAAGAGACUAUGGGUGCACUGGAUCUUGGAGGAGCUUCCACUCAAAUUUCAUUUAUCCCAGAGGACUCUCAGGAGAACUUCAAUAGCACCUUGCAAGUGAAGUUGUAUGGUUACAGCUACAAUGUCUACACUCACAGCUUCCAGUGCUACGGGAGAGAUGAAGCUGAGAAAAGGCUUUUAGCGUUGCUGCUCCAGAAAUCAAACACGAGUUCCAAUGUGGAUAAUCCAUGUUACCCUCAGAAUUAUAAUACUACAUUAACAAUGAAAUACUUCUCUGGAAGCCUUUGUACACAGUCUCUGAGACCAGCAAAUUACUACCCAAACCAGCUUGUGAACUUCCAUGGAACAGGAGACCCAGGUCUGUGCCGGGAGAUGGUUUCUUUAUUGUUUAACUUCACUGCUUGCAGAGGCAGAGAAGACUGCCCAUUUAAUGGAAUCCAUCAGGCAAAAGUUAAAGGGAAUUUUGUGGCUUUCUCAGGAUUCUACUAUACAAUUAAUGCUUUGAAUUUAUCUGGGCACUUCUCUCUAGCUGACUUCAAUUCAAGUAUGUGGUUUUUCUGUUCCCAGAGCUGGGCACAGCUCCAGCUUAUGCUGCCUAAAUUUGAAGAAUUAUAUGCUAGAUCCUACUGUUUUUCAGCCAAUUUCAUUUAUUACUUGCUUGUACAUGGUUACAACUUUGAUGCAGAAACUUGGCCACAGAUACGUUUUCAAAAGGAGGUUGGAAACAGCAGUAUAGCAUGGUCACUCGGUUACAUGCUAAGCCUCACAAACAUGAUUCCAGCAGAAGGCAAGCUGAUCCAAUUACCUCUGAAACCUUCUCUGUUUGCUGGGCUCCUCAUCUUCCUCACAGCUACGGCAUUGUUGUGUCUUCUCUUCCUUGUUUACUUGUGUAUUGUAUCACGUAAUCAGAAGAACAUCAAUCAUGUUGAACAUGUAUUUAUUCCAGAAUGAGUGAACUUUACUGAAGACAAAACAAAAGUUUUAUAGUGCUACUAAGUUAAGUAGGACUCUAUUUUUGAAAAAUGGAGGGUGAAAUAAAGAUGGGCAAAAAGAACAGAAGCAUAAAUCCAGCAGAGACACAAAGCAAUCUGUGAUAUGGUGAACUGGAGUGCUUUUGAAAUAUUUUGGCAGUUGUUUCUGUAAAACUACUUUGUCCAGUGUGCAGCAGAGAAAACGUGGUCAGAUAUGUCACUUUGCUUGGUAAGGGAUUAAUAGCCUUUUCAUGCCAGGUACGUAUUAUUUUUUUGUUCACUAACUCUGUGCUAACUGGUGAAUUCAAGUGGUGAUGGAUUUGAUCAUGGCGGCAGUUAAGAUAAAAUUAAAGAAGUCAGUAGGAAUUGUGGGAGGCAGGAACACGGUAGCUGGUUUUGUGUGCAGUGCUGACACUAAGAGCCCCCAAAUAAUCUAAUUUCUGAAACUGGAACAAGCAGUGGGUAAUGACAGGAACUGAAGGGAACAGCUGGGAUAGAAUUGUUUUUAUUGCUGUUCAAAAUUGAUUGAUCCCCACCACAUAAAGGUGUAAUAAACUGCCAGCACCUCUGAGGACUUUCAAGCCUGUAUUAAACCUGAGCUCUAUCUUUGGGUACUAUGGACGUUUCAGAAAGUCUUUGCUGUAGUACAAAAGAUCUGCUUUGAAGGUGGAACAAAAUGCUUUCACACUUUAGUAACUGAACCUAAAUCUCAGUGUCUCGUAGUUACCUCCACAAGCCACUAGAGUUUUCAGUGUCCUUUUCUUAAACAGAAAUACUUUUUGUAGGUUCUCCUACUGAAAUGCUGACCUGCAUUCCCCACAUUUUGUUGAUCUCAGACAGUUGCAGUCAGUACUGAUUUGUCGUGUACAUAUUAUUUCAGCCGUCUGAAUAGAGUUUCAGACCUGGGAUUGUCUGAAGCAUUAACAUGUUAGGCCCUUUAUUUGGGGCCAAGUGGAAUUGGAGCCAGUCUGCAGGCCGGCAGAACACCUUUUUUGUAGUGGGUUCGGGAACAUACUGCUGGAGCUGCAGUCAUGGCAGUAGUGCCUUGUUCAGUCUUUCCACCAUCCUGGCCUCAGCGUUGCUUCAGCAGCACUGGGAUCUACCAAGCGGAUGCUUCUGUCAAACGUAUUAACUCCAGAGCUUUCCUGAAGUGCUGCUGCAGAGAGCUGACUUCCUUGAAAGCCUGGGCAUUCUUCAACAAACCUCUCAUUCCCUUAAAUCGUAAGACUACAAUGUUACCCACUGCUUCGUGGUCAGUGCCCCUUUUACAGGCCUGUCUUUUGUAUUGCUUUGGUUUUCUUCAGCUGCCUUCUGAAAUAACCCUUGAAAAAGCCUCCUGCCGCAUCAUCUCCAUCUCUUCCCUUUGGCCACUGUUUUGGUCAAUUCCUCUUAAUAUUGCCUUAACAUGAUCUGCGAAGAUACAAGGGGAAUACCUCUGAAUGGCCUUAGAGUUAGCAGAAAGAAGGAACCUGCAAGAGGGGAAAAGAGCAUCUCAGCUUCACUCUCCUCCACUCCCUUCUACCACCUCCUUUCACCCAGAUUUAGUACCUACAGGGAGCUCUGUAUUUCCCCAGAUGUCCUGCAAAUAGCUGCUGACAAUCACUUUAAUACCUUCCUCCUGCUCCGUCUUCUCAGGAUCGUUGCCCUCUGUGUGUAGUUUCCCUUGUUUGCAUCUUUCCUCUCUGAAGGAGUGUUUACUUUUUUCAUGCGGAGUUUUUCAGUGUGAGAAAGUAAAAACUAAAAGGAAGAUUACCAUAUUUGACAAAUAUUGCUAAUAAGCUAAAGCUGUGAGGCCACCUGAGUAGUGGUUUCCCCACAGGUGUCUUGCAUAUAAGAGAUUUACUGGUUGAUGCAUACACCCAAAAGUCAAGUUAACAUUGGACUAUGAAUUCCACUGGCACAUAAUGUGUUUUGUGUCCCAACUUCAUGUAUUCCCCGUAUUGAUUAGGUUGUGAGAUAGAACAGUGGCCAGUAUUUUUACUCAUGAAUAAUAUUUUUAAUUUAUGUCUUUUGUUUCUGUAUCACCUUCUUACUUUCAGGUUUGGUUGUGGGGUUGGGUUUUUGUUUUCUUUUGGUUUUCACAGGCUGAGAGAUGAUUUGAAAGGAACUAAGCAUGUUUCUAAAUGCAAAAAAGGAAGAAAAAAUUUAGUGAUUUUCAAGAGGAUCAGCAGUGAGGGCUUUGUCCCUUCUCUGUUGGUAUACUACUGUGUCCUGUCAGUCUCACUGGAGUAGCAGUACUUAAAAUAAGGCAGAAGGAUUCACAAGAUGAUGAAGUGCUCUGCAGCACCGAAGUUACAUCUGAUAACACAUAAAGUUUACUUAAGAAUGCAUGGACAUUACAGAGUCUGGCAUGAGAUUUGUGUGAUGGACCUGGAACUGCAGUUAAGGGUAAAAAAAAAAAAAAAAAAGGCAGUUGAAUGAGAGCAUUAAAAUGUUUUCUUCAGUUGCCAAAUUUUGUGGAAAAUGGUAUUCUGGAAUAUUUAGUUGCCUACAAAACCUUUGCUUUGCUUUGUGAAUGGGAGGGCCAUUGAGAUGUUGUUUUGCACAAACGGAAUGUGCUUGGAAGUCAGUCUCCUUAGAGUUGGCAGCUAAAGAACAAGUACAUUUGUUCAAAAAUCAUUUGGACUUCCAGACAUACUUGGAUAGAGCCAGUAUCUGAUCAAAUAAUGCCUUCCUUCCGUGAAUCACCUGUUUUCCCUUUUCAGUAGUUCCCUCUUCUCCCUAUGUAUAUAAUCUCCCUCCUGUAUCACCAGGAUACCCAUCUACUCAGUCUUUUGUCUCCUGUCAGUUUCAGCUGUCAAAGCUGGAAGUAUUGAACUUCCAGCCAGGCACCUGCUUCUUCCAAGCCCGCACCAUGGCUGCAGUUCAUUGUUACAGUAAAAAACCACAGCUCGGACAGGCAGCCAGCGUGGCUCCCCUUGUUUGGGAGCAGAGGUGAUUGCUUGGGUAACCCGAGCUACAUCCUCCCCCAGGUGUGAGGCAGAACCUGGUCCACGGGUGUAACAUUGUCCUGUCACCUAGAACUGAACAGGCCUCUGGAAGAGCCAGUGAAGUCAACAGCAUUUGGGAAUGUGUACAAACUAUAGGUUAUUUAUCUGUUUAUACUUUUUACUGCCUGCUUAUGAAGAUUAAUAAAAUUAAUUGGUGAAAAGCUAAGCCAAGUGAUCUUAUUUUUUAUUUUUUUCCCAAUACCACUAUUUUCAUCUUGGUAGACAAGGUGUUCUUAUCAGAGGGAUAGGAAAUCUCUGAAAUGCUUUUCUGGGGGAUGAAAAUUUGCAUGCUCUGAAACUGAUCCUGCAAGAUUUUGGAUCAGAUAGUGCUCAUUAUCUCAAGAAUCCAUAUUCUUAGCAAGGAAACCCUGGUGGUUAAAACCAAGCCUCUCCCCUGACUUUUUUUUCCAAAUAUAUAUACACAACACACAAACACCUGUAAACAAUUUCUACAUGUAAACACUGCUAACAUUUCACCUGGGGACACCAGCCCUUUUCUAGCACUUCUUUCAGGUUUACCGCCAUAAUGUUCUGAAAGUUUAUGUCCCAGAGAAGCGGCAAUUCCCAGUUAUCCCAGUCGAUGGAUACAGAUUGGUUAGAAAAAGAACUGUCAGGCAUUGGGAAUAGCGACAGGAUUGUGUAAUAUGAAAAACUUGUACUGUAUGGCCUAAUUCAGCAUUGGUAAGAUCAGUGAAGAGCACAGAAAAAUAAACAUGAUUAUGAUAGUCAAUCAGA